AUGUCGUCUCCUCGUCAAAAAUUGGCGGCAUUUAUCAUAAUAUGUUUCGCAGGGCUAGUUGUUUCUGAAAAAUUCGCCUAUGUCUCAGUUCUUUCUUCAGAUUCGUUUCUCACAGCUGCGAAGGUGUUAGCCCACCGGUUAAAAUCUUUCAAUACUACAAUUCCAUAUAUAGUCAUUGUCACAGAAGACAUCAGUUUCGAAUCAAUCGAUUCAUUGAAGAGUCAAGGAGUUGUUGUAAUACAUGACAAGAAAAUCGACACUCCGUAUAUCAAAACUCAUAAAGCUAGGAAAUAUCAUUACACCAAAAUUCGAUUAUGGGAAAUGGAAGAAUACGACGCUAUCACUCAUCUUGAUCUCGAUGUUCUGCCGCUCACUGACAUUUCCUCAAUUUUCCACUGCGGCACAUUCUGCGCAUCAUUCCGCCAUUCGGACAUGUUCAAUUCGGGCGUAUUUGUACUAAAGCCCAAUAAAACAAUUUUCUACGACAUGGUCCAACGCGUUCAGUCGCUUCCAUCUUACGACGGUGGCGAUCAAGGCUUUCUCAAUUCAUAUUUUUCCGAUUUGAAAUACGCGCCAAUGUUCAACGCUUCUGAUCCGUUUCAUCAACCGUAUAAUUCGUCAAUGAGAAGACUCUCGGCGGCUUUCAACUAUGAUAUCGGCAUGUACUACCUUAACGGUGGCCGAUACCUCAUUGAGCCAAAAAUUAUCCAUUAUACACUUGGGCCGACGAAACCAUGGAUUUGGUGGACUUACCCAUUAUUCGAUCUCAAUUAUGUUUGGCUUGAAGCUAGGCAAAUAACUGAGAGCGCUGCUGGCGACUUCUAUAUCAUCUCCGAAGUCAAGGCCCAUCGUCAGUCAUAUGUUUCACAUUUAAUCUACAUCAUCGCAAUUCUUCUGAGCUUACAAAUCGUUCCAAUGGCUUAUCACCCAACACCAACUUGGAUAUUCUUCUCUAUCAAUACGUCCUGGGCCGCUGUCACCCUCUCGACGAUGUACGCCAAAAUUCGUCGCGGCAUCCAGCCGCCGGUUAUCGAUGCGCUUCUCGUGCUUUUCCUUAUAUUAGCAACCCAUUCCAUCUCUGGACUUAUCGUUGGAAAUAUCACCCCAUUCAGCAAGAAAGUGGUCACCGUGAUCGCGGUUAUUGUUAUUAAUCAAAUCGCAAUCAGCUUCUAUAUCCGCCACAUCCUUUUCGAAACCGUGUUCACCAAUAACCGAUGCAAGAUGUUGAAGAACCGCAUUCGUAGGCCGUAA